AUGGCAUCUUCCAGCGCAUUUUCGGUGCUCAUUCUGUGCGCUUUGUUGGCUCGCAUUGGGUACGUCGUGUUCCCAUCCUUCGUGGUGCCUUCCACAACCCGUCGUGAGCUCGUCUCCAGUGCAGCCAUUACCACGAUGGGUGGCUUCACGUCUGCGGCGAAAGCAGCCUCCUCGAUCAACGGGGUUCAGGUGAAACUCUAUUCCGACGAUGUUUGCGACAGCAAACGUAUCUUCGAGAACGUUACUGCUGCCGCAAUUCCCUUAGAUUCUUGUGAGAAGGACAAGAGCGGCGUGGCCGUGUACUACCAGUGCACGGGAAGUAACAAGCUCCACAUCCGGGUCUAUUUUCGUGGCAGUUGUGCGGAAAAUCCACCGACCAUUGAGGCAGAUCCGAUCAAUGGAAAAUGUGUGCCCCUGCCUGGAUUUGGGAGUGGCUUUUGGACAUGGGAGGGUGGAUGCUGA